CCAGCCUCCAUUUCAAGUAUUUUGGUCAUCUGCAGCACAACCAUGAGCAGAGAAAGGGAUCCUUUGGCUGUGGGUAGAGUGGUUGGGGAUGUGUUGGACCCCUUCAAUACAACCGCCACUCUUAGAGUGACUUAUGGAUCCAGGGAAUUGAGCAACGGGUGUGAGUUCAAGCCCUCACAAGUGGUCAACCAACCCAGGGUCGACGUUGGUGGGAAUGACCUCAGAACCUUUUACUCACUCGUGAUGGUAGACCCAGAUGCUCCAAAUCCAAGCGAUCCAAGCCUUAGGGAAUAUCUCCACUGGCUGGUCACAGAUAUCCCGGGAAGCACAGGAGCAACUUUUGGGCAGGAGGUGACGUGCUACGAGAGCCCGAGGCCAACAAUGGGGAUCCACCGGUUCGUGUUUGUACUCUUUCAGCAGCUCGGGCGGCAGACUGUCUAUCCUCCGGGCUGGCGCCAGAACUUCAACACCAGGGACUUUGCAGAGCUCUACAACCUCGGAUCCCCAGUUGCUGCCGCCUACUUCAACUGCCAGCGAGAGUCCGGUUCUGGUGGGAGAAGGAUGCGAACUUAAUUAGUAGGCGAGCUUGGAUCACUUGCACAGGUCUAUCUCGAACUUCUACCUGUGCAGAAUCUGCAUGCAAAUUUUAGCCCGAUAAGGAACUAGCUAGGGUAUUAUGGCCAACACACCUUUGUACUGUUACUAAGCUGUUUCUUGCUCGGUCAUGAGCUAUGGUGUGUAGUCGUGUGGUCCUGCAUGUAAAUGUUUUUCCUGAACUGAUGGUAAUGUGAGAUGAUGUGAUACGUAAAAAAUAAAGGGUAAAUCUAAAAGUUAGAUGCUGAAA